AUGGCCACCCCAACCGAAUUCACCUUAAACGUCGCCUAUACGGUACCCGUGAACAACGACGCCUCCGGCCCGAUCGUGACUCUCGAAGAGUUCUGGCGUGGUCUCCGCCGCGGAGGUGAGAAGCCUCACCUCUUCGCGGAAUACGUGGCGGGCACCGAGAUUCUGCCAAACCGCAGGUCCGAGAACGAAUUCCAGCGGAGACUCUUCAUGGCCGAUGGCGCCGUGCACACAGCCAGGGGCGUAGAGCUGGUGCAAGAUGUACGGAAUGCGGACAACCUACUCACCGAAGCGACGACUGUGGACUCCGGCGCGAAGAGCACCAUGGUUAUCUCCCGCGGCGGGCAUGAGAGGGACGAGCCGCACACGCUGUACCUGACGGCGAUCUACGAGCUCCAUGUGCCAGAUGUGGUACCGGGGAGUAACCGAGCACAGGAGAUUGAGAGGGAUUACUCGCAGCUCGCGAAGGGCGCGGCGAACACGGUUGUGGAAAAGAUCCGAAAGUGGAAAGUGGAGGGAGACCUGGAGGCUUAA